CUUAUACGUCUCUCUCAUUUCUUUCUCUCUUCCCUUUCCUUGCUUUACUUUUCUUUCUCUCUCUUCCUUCUUUGCUUCUGUGUAACACAGAGGAAGAGAAGAGAAUCUGAGGGGGUAACGGAAGAGGAGAGAGGAUUGAAGCUUAGUGCAUCUGCAGAAUCCGUCCAAGCCGCAAUAACAAUUUUUGGUUUUCUUUCUUUUGCUUGGACGGAUUUGAUAUUGUUGCUGUUCUUUUUGUUUGGUCGAGAUGAUGGUUUUGAACAGUUUUGAUCUGUGGCAAAAGGACGCUUUCUUCUCUGCGGCCGAGGAGGUUCAGGAAUCUGCGGAUGUUAUGCAAUCGACAUACAGGAUGUGGUUAAGAGAGAGGAGAGAAGGGAUCACUCCAGAGCAUUUCGAUGAACUCUCUAGGGAGCUGCAAACUGCUUUAGGCACCGCAAAAUGGCAGUUGGAAGAGUUCGAGAGGGCGGUCAGGUUGAGCCAAGGACGCUCUUAUGAUGAUAUUAAAACGUCUAGGCAUAGACAAUUUGUUGCUGCCAUUGAGGGCCAAAUUUCUCAUGUUGAAGAAGAAUUAAUGGAAGCUUUUAGUGAGAAUGGUAAGCAGCCACUACAAUGGGUAAACCUGGAUGAAAAUGAACGGGAUGAUUUAGCCAUGUUCCUCUCUGGAACUUCUGAAAUCUCAGAAACUUCUACAAGAGGUUCUCUUAUGGAGAAUCAUCAUAGGAGAAAAGAUUUUGACCUUAAUACACAUUUCAGCAAAAAUAUUUCUGAUGAAAUGGAAACUUCCAAAGUUAGCACCACUAGAAAGGAUCCAGAGUGUAUCAUAGAUAUAGAAGAAAAAGAAACGUUGGGAACGAGAGAUGACAUAAUAUGUCCAUCUGAUAAAGCAACUGGCUCAAAAAGAACAUGGAGUAAACCAAAUUUUGGUGCCUUAAAGAUUGUUAUUGCUGACAAAGGUGAAAGUAGCCGGUUACUGUCCAGUGUUGAGGCCACUCCCAAAGAAAAAGGGUCCAAAUCCAUCUUCUGGCAAAGGUUCAAAGACCAUGCACAGGCAAAGGGGGCAGUUAAUGUGUGUAGUCAGAUCUCCUGUCGGAUUGGUGGGCUACAAAGACAAAUACCAAAUUCAUUACCCUUGCAGCUUAGUCGUUCUAUCCAACUUAUGCUUGCUUUAAUGCUCAGCAUUUUCUUAAUCAUGCAUUUUGUACUUUAUACAAAUUGACAGGAUAGUUCUCUCCUUGUGUGGAUCGAGGUUACUAGUGUUUCCUCGUGAAGGGACUACCUUGGUUGAUUUCAAAGCCUGGAUGUCAGCAAAGUAUCUGCACAAGGAGUGAAUCCAACCACAGUAAUUGGAAGCCCUCAAGUGUUUAUAUUUUUGUGCGACUCAAGAUGUAUAUGUAUUCAUGUAGCCUUGUUUCUUCCAAUAUAUGGUAGUGUUGAUAAUCACAUUGUAAUUAAGGGUUAAACCCAAGUUGAUGAAGUUGGAUUUACUGAUGUUGCGUGUAUCGUUCUCACUUCAGGACCAUGGUUAAAAUUAACGAUAUUAGUUCCACUGGAAAUCCCUCCGUGCUGUAUAUUUGUCCUGGAAAAUCUAUAAGAGAAGCUGCGAAAUUUCUUGA